AUGGAGGCUUUCAUGGACACCUACGCCGAUUUUCUCCCUCGCCUCUCAGCAUUCUCAGUCGAUGUUGGCUAUACCUUAUUCAAGGUUUAUAGAGCUAAGUGUACUCAUUUGAGUGCUCUAUUGGAACGUACCCGUCAAGAACAUGCCCUUGUUGUCUCACAGCAACCUUCGUCUAGUAAUGUUGCUACUUCUGCUAAGAUAUCUUCGUUGGAUGAGGAUCUGAGAAAGACUCACAGAUCCAUGGAGGCUUGUUUGUUGGCUCUUGAAAGAGCCAAUAAUGCUGCCAAAGUUGCUGAGGAUGGUCGUAAAGUUGCCGACUCUGCUUUAGCUGCUGAAUAUUCCAAAGCCAUAGGUCUCCAGGAGCAACUGGUGGGUGCAAACGCCAAGAUUACCCGUCUUGAAGGCCAGAUAUCCUCGUUGGAGAUUUCUCGCCAAUUUGAUGCUGCUGCUAAGUUUAAGUCCGAGGCGCUUCAACAAGCUAACGAUCAUCUUAGUGCUCAGAUGAUGGAGCUUCGUCAAAAGUCGGCUUCAGAUCUGGAGGUUCAAGCUUCUCAGAUGAAGGUGCAGUUCGAGCAUUCGGCCAUUGAUUAUAUCAACAAUGCCUUUGCAGAGGCUGAGCUCCAAGCCGAAGGAGUUGUCUUUCCUCGUCUUCCUUAUCCUUGA